GGGAUGUGCGGCUACGACAGAGAGGGGAGCCCCAUCUGGUAUGACGUCGUCGGUCCUCUGGACCCCAAAGGUCUGCUGCUGUCGGCGACCAAACAGGACUUCAUGAGGACGAAGAUCCGACACACGGAGCUGCUGCAGAGGGAGUGUCGGCGCCAGUCCGAGAAGCUGGGGCAAAACAUUGAAGCCAUCACUCUGAUCUACGACUGCGAAGGACUCGGACUGAAACACAUCUGGAAACCUGCUGUGGAGACGUAUGGAGAG